GGUGUGGACUGGCCCGCUAGAGUCAUGGCAGAUGAGGAGGAAGACCCCACCUUUGAGGAAGAAAAUGAAGAAAUUGGAGGAGGUGCAGAAGGUGGACAGGGUAGAAGAAAGAGACUUUUUUCCAAAGAAUUGCAAUGUAUGAUGUAUGGUUUUGGGGAUGAUCAGAAUCCUUAUACUGAGUCCUUGGAUAUUCUUGAAGACUUUGUCAUAGAGUUCAUCACUGAAAUGACUCACAAGGCAAUGUUGAUUGGAAGACAAGGUCAAGUCCAAGUUGAAGAUAUUGUCUUUUUGAUUCCAAAGGACCCAAGGAAGUUUGCUCGGGUUAAGGACUUACUCACUAUGAACGAAAAAUUGAAAUGAGUUAGAAAAGCAUUUGAUGAAGCAAGCUAUGGAUCAUGACACCUUUCGUGCUUUCUCAAAUGUCAUAUCUUCUGGGGAAACAUAUGUAAUAACAAAAUUUCUACAGAAAUGUCCUGCUAUCUAGGCAUGAAGAUGAAAGAUAGAAAAAUUAAGUUUUUAGCAUUUAUUUUUAUGCCUUUAAUUUUAGAAUAUUAGAGACCUUAAUUGUUGUCUUUAUAUCUAUACUUGAAUUACUUAUUGCAUUUUAAUGACUACACUAAUAAGUUAAAAUACCUUGCAGAUCAUGCAGUUCUUUCUGACUUUGGACUACAUAGAUGAAGUAAUAUUUAUGUGUAAAUUAUAAUUGUGCCAUUGUAAGCAAUAUUGUUGCUGUUUAAUAUAUGAAACCUAAGUGACAUCUUUGACUGUAAUACCUGAAAUAGUGCUUCAAGUAAUCUGAAGUUUUUAGACGAUAAUAGUUUAAGAGGUGUUAGUUUUAGGAUAAUAUAGGAAAAUAUAGUUUUGUAAGAAUUUUGUCUUAAAAGAUAAUUUGUUUUUAACAUUGUCCAGAUAAAUGUUUUUUUUUUU